AGCGUCCCUGCCAUUAAUGCCCACUACCGCUGGGGGGCGAUGUCGUAGGAAGCCAAACCCAGGUCACAGGAAGCGGCGUCACUGUCGUACAACUCUAGCUCAACACUCUCACCUCAAAAAUACAAUUAAGCGGUGGAUUAGUUUUGCGUUUAGAGCAUGUACAACGGUACUGAAAAAGUCCAUUUGGCGAUUGUUGAUUUGGAACGAAACAAAGGGGAAAGUUUGCUCCAACGACAACGCGCGACUUAGACGGCUGCUCCUGUAUCGGGCGCCGUGAUUGGCCGAAGCGGAAAAGAGGCUGUCGCCCACUCAAGACCAAGUCUACUGGAAAACUUGCGAGAUUUUUUUUUUUUGAUAUGCGCUUGUGAAUGUUCUUUGCCUCGGCUCGCGUCGAGUAGUUAGGAUUACAUAUCAAAGUGGAGACGCCGCUGAUGAAAAUCCGCUUCCGGAGGCGUCGAGGAAUCCGGAUAUCGGUGUUAAAUGCGACUUCGGAGGACACUAGUUGCCUUCCUCCCGUUGAAGUAAAGUGAACCUCAACUGUAACUAACCCGAGCGCCACCAUGCAGGGAAAUGUUGGCGUCUACGCGGUGAAGAGGAGGAAAAAGCCCAUUCAGAAGAAUGCCGCGCCUCCGCCCGUGAAGACCAACCCGUCCAAGCGGCAUCGGGACCGCCUCAAUGUGGAGCUGGAGCGCCUGACCGGGCUGCUGCCGUUCUCCGAGGAGGUCCGCAACCGCCUGGACAAGCUGUCGGUGCUGCGGCUCAGCGUGGGAUACCUCAAAGUCAAGAGUUACUUCCACACGCAGCACAGGAAAUGCGUGGCGCUCCGUCCCCCCAACAGCGACGGGCGGUCGGUGUCGCUGGACGGCGUCGGCUUCUCUGAGGGCGAGUUCCUCCUCAAGUCGCUCAACGGCUUCGUCUUGGUGGUGACGGGCGACGGCACCAUCUUCUACACGUCGCCCACGAUCCAGGACUUCCUCGGCUUCCAUCAGUCUGACAUGGUGCAGCAGAGCGUCUUUGACCUGAUCCACAUCGACGACAGAGAGCUGUUCAACUGCCAGCUGAAGCUCGGCGUCCACCUCGGCGAGACCGGAGCGGACGCCUUGACAAAGAACAGCUCGUUCAGUCUCCUGCCUCCGGAGAACUCCUUCUUCCUGGAGAGGAACUUCUGCUGUCGCCUGCGCUGCCUUCUGGACAACACCUCCGGAUUCCUGGCUUUAAAAUUCUCCGGCCAUCUGAAGUACCUGCGGGAGGACGGCGGCCCCGAGGGGAAUCCUCUGUUGGCCCUGUUCGCCGUGGCCACGCCUCUGCAGCCGCCGCCCGUCAUGGAGAUCCGCACAAGGACUCUCAUUUUCCAGACCAAACACCGGAUGGACUUUGCCCCCAUGGCCGUGGACACCAGGGGCAAACUGGUGUUGGGUUACUCUGAAACCGAGCUGAUCACCCCGGGUUCCGGCUAUCAGUUCGUUCACGCCGCCGACAUGAUGUACUGCGCCGACAACCACCUCAGGAUGAUCAAGACAGGAGACAGCGGCUUCACUUUCUUCCGGCUGCUCACCAAGACGGGACAGUGGUUGUGGGUACAAGCCACCGCCCGCGUGGUCUUCAAAGACGGACGGCCUGACUUCAUCAUCGCCCGUCAGAAGCCGCUAACGAAUGAAGAGGGAGAGGAGCACCUCCAGCAGAGAAGACAGCAACUGCCCUUCAACUUAGCCACGGGAGAAGGCGUCCUGUAUGACCUUUCCCUGAAUGCCUUCACCAUCCCGGCCCCGACCGGCACCAAGGGGCCCCUGGGAGAAAGUCCUCUGGAUCCCAGUUCCAUCUUAGGAUCCUUACACCGGCAAGACCGCUCGCUUUAUUCCCAGGAUCCCGCCCCCCGACUCACCGACUUCUCCCAAGUAGACGAAAGCGACCCGGAGCAGCCUCUGGAGCGAGCCUUCUCGGACAGCCACGCGCUGCUCAGCGUUCCGGGUCAGCUGGAAGAGACGUGCGGCUCUACGUCGCACUCCAUGCUGGACUCGCUGGAGCAGAUCCUGGGAGACCUGGGUGAUGGUGGCCUGGACGAUCUGGAGGUAGAGCAACGCGAGCUGAGGGAGUGGGAGAACACGCUGCUCAGGAUGAACCAGAACCGAGACUUGGAUCACAUCCUGGCCAGCGAUGUCUUUGCCUAUGUGGAGGAGGCCCUCGGAUUAAAAACCGCAGGAGGCGAAAGCUCUCUUCAGGCUUCCCCUGACUCUGCCAGGUUGUUCGAGUUUGGGCCAGAAGUUCUUUCGGGCGUGUUGUUUUCUGGUGCGGAACCCCCUUCCAACUCUCAUCUUGGACACUGGCCUGCGAGCGACACGCCUUUCCGCCACGGCAUUCCCUCCCGCUCCUGCCGUUUUGAGACGGCUUGGCGACCUUCAACGGUGACCUCCAACACCGAUCUAGCGGGUGCCCACUCGAAUCCCUCCCAACAGGCCUCGUGGCCCUGCCCCCGCACGGACGCAACCGGCCCGCAGUUUUCUGGCAGCUGCAUGUAUGAACACUUGGCAAAUUCUGGCCCCGGUCUCCCCCAGGGGCCCCCGUAUAUGGGACUAGCCCACGUCAGCGCUCCGAGCGCAGGCUUCGCCCUGCCGCACGCGGUCGAAGAAGCACGGCCCCCCGCCGCAGCGGCCUGCCAGACGCAGCUUCCCGCCCUCGGCGACAUGUGCGAAACAGGAGCGUCCCGACCGGAACGUCACGCUGAAAACGGAGCGUCGCAGUCGACCUUCUUCUGCUGGAACGGUCAAGCCCAGAGGCCCAAAGAUCCCCUGAACCCGUACGCCUUCCCGGUUCAUCCGCCCAGGAUGAUCAGCCUGCCCCGGAACAGCGGCCCCUAGCCGCCCAAAACGCCACCUCUUGGAGAGGAAAGAAAAGCCGCCUCAUUUCAAAGGGACUCCAUCUCUGCUGCGUUUUAUGCUCCUUUUGCAAAGCAAGUGGGAUGUCACAAGAAGACCAUCCUUCAAGACCUGGGACAUGUUUGUAUAUGAAUGUAUAUAUGCCACGCAUCUAGAAAGGAUUCAUAGCGUUUUACUUUUUUCACAUUUUAUUACGGUUCGUCUCAUAAUUACAACCUCUCUCUCUCUCUCUAUAUACAUACAGUAUAUAUAUAUUAGACGAUUUCAAAUUCAGCAAAAAUAAAUACUUUUGCAAUAAGGUAUUAUUCUAAACAGACUUUUAGGAACUUUUCAAAAAUGUUAAAAACUUUGGUAGGAUCCAAGGACAAAACUGGAUCAAGACUCAAAAUGUGGAUCUACCCACAACAUUUUCAAUGAAAGAACUUCUAUUAACUUUUUGUUUUGGUAUGACACAAGUGGAGUCAAAAUGAAUUGGCUGACUUUUUAAUCAAAUGUCUUUGUUUCAGUUUGGGCUAACUUUGAAAAAGAAAUGAAAAACAACUUCUUUCACGCCAUGAUGAUGUGUUGUGUGUAGAAUAGAACGUAAACAAUGUGGAAAAAGUCUAGCGCUGUAAAUACAUUCUAGGUGCAUUUUGGGGGGAAAAAAAUAAGAGAGCGCUUGACAGUUAUCUGGCCACAUUUAAAGAACUGCAGUCAAUAUCUAAUUUAUGUUACUGGAAAGUGAAAACUAACCUUGCCUUUAUAAGUCAUAGCAACAUAUUUGUAUAGCCACAUUCAAAUGUUUCACCCACCUCUUCGGACUCGCUUGUCAAGCCUCCGCGUAUAUUCAGACGUGUACUCAUGCAGGUGAUUGACGCUAUUCAGGCAGCUAAAGGCAGAGACCAAACGUCGGUGUCAAACGUGAUCUCUGCCGACAAGCCUUGUGCUUUAUAUUCUUGCUUUUCUAUUAAACCCAACCUCAGUGAAUGGAA